AUGAGCGCGCCGGGCGCGGAGAGCGCGGGGAAGAGCGCGCAGUACCGCGUGGACCACCUGCUGAGCGCCGUGGAGAGCGAGCUGCAGGCGGGCAGCGAGAAGGGCGACCCCACGGAGCGCGAGCUGCGCGUGGGCCUGGAGGAGAGCGAGCUGUGGCUGCGCUUCAAGGAGCUCACCAACGAGAUGAUCGUGACCAAGAACGGCAGGAGGAUGUUCCCGGUGCUGAAGGUGAACGUGUCCGGCCUGGACCCCAACGCCAUGUACUCCUUCCUGCUGGACUUCGUGGCGGCCGACAACCACCGCUGGAAGUAUGUGAACGGGGAGUGGGUCCCCGGCGGCAAGCCAGAGCCGCAGGCGCCCAGCUGCGUCUACAUCCACCCCGACUCGCCCAACUUUGGGGCGCACUGGAUGAAGGCGCCCGUGUCCUUCAGCAAAGUCAAGCUCACCAACAAGCUCAACGGAGGGGGUCAGAUCAUGUUGAACUCCUUACAUAAGUACGAGCCUCGGAUUCACAUAGUGAGAGUUGGGGGCGCCCAGCGCAUGAUCACCAGCCAUUGCUUCCCAGAGACCCAGUUCAUAGCAGUGACCGCUUAUCAGAACGAGGAGAUCACAGCUCUUAAAAUUAAAUACAAUCCAUUUGCAAAAGCUUUCCUAGAUGCGAAGGAAAGAAGUGAUCACAAAGAUAUGAUGGAAGAGCCCGGAGACAGCCAGCAACCCGGGUACUCCCAAUCAGGGGGGUGGCUUAUCCCUGGAACCAGCACCCUGUGCCCGCCCGCCGCCCCCCACCCUCAGUUCGGAGGCCCCCUCUCGCUUCCCUCCACGCACGGCUGUGAAAGGUACCCCGCCCUGAGGAACCACCGCCCGUCGCCCUACCCCAGCCCUUACGCGCAUCGGAAUAAUUCUCCAACCUAUUCAGACAGUCCGUCUGCAUGCUUGUCCAUGCUCCAGCCCCACGACAGCUGGCCCAGCCUUGGAACGCCGGCCCACAGCAGCGUGCUGCCCUUGGCCCACGGCGCCGGCCCGCCCGCGGCCUCCAGUCAGUACCCGAGCCUGUGGUCCGUGAGCAACGGCACCGUCACGCCUGGCGCCCAGACGGCGGGGAUGUCCAACGGGCUGGGAGCCCAGUUCUUCCGGGGUUCAUCCGCACACGCUGCGCCUCUCACCCACCCGGUGCCGGCUUCCCCCUCCUCGGGAUCCCCGCUGUACGAAGGGGUCCCCACGGCCACAGACAUUCCCGACAGCCAGUAUGACGCCUCGGCCCAAGCCCGCCUCAUAGCCUCGUGGACCCCCGUGUCCCCACCUUCCAUGUGAACGGUGGCCUGCGUCGUAGACACUUCGCUGUGGUGGCCACGAGCGUGGAUUUGAUCGAUCUCCCAGGUACCACGGUGGCCGCUCCUGGGUCAAGGGAAGGAAAUAGGGCUUGUCACCCAGCCCUUAAGGGGAGGGACACGUGUCCUGCUGUUCUCGGGGGUGCCGAGCCCGCCGUGCGCACCUGCAGUGAAUUCUGCAGUGGGCGAGUUGGCCGAAUCUACCACGGUUCACAACCAGCAGCGUUUGCUGGGGUCAGAAGCACGUGCCCAGCACGUACGUGACCUGGCCCCCACCAGUCCUACUCGGGCAGGAGAGAAAGCACACUCAGUUCUCUUCCCUGUUGCUUUGGAGGACUUCCCAGACCCUCUGUGGCGGCCGUCACAGGGGGGCCUGCGCCGUGAAGGACAGAAUAACGUCACAGCCGAGGACAGCAGAUUGUAGUUGAAACGCAGGCCAGCCCGCUCUGCCCACUAGAAUGUGUUCGUUUGGAGCAUAGGUAGUUAAUCUGUUGUGUUGUUAAGCCUAUGAUUGUGUACACUUGUCAUUUAAGUGG